AUGAAAGAUCUGCGAUACGAAUCGCCCGGGCCAGCUCCCCUGCUAGCCGCUCUGGAUGUGAAACACCAGGUUCAUUUAAUUGUCGGAGCGAACCCUCUGGCAGCUGCGCGGUGCACCAAGUGUCUUGACGUCGGGGCAAUUCCUAUUGUCAUUGCACCUGAAGGGGUGGAAAUUCAUGCUCCGCUUUUGCAAAAAAUUGAGGAUGGUCGGGUACGCCGGAUUGCAAGAUGCUUUCAGGACGACGAUUUGAAGACAUUUGGGAGAGACGAGGUGGAUAAUUUCGUCGACGCUGUGUUUGUUACUCUCGGUGGUAAUAAUCCUUUGAAAACAUUAGGCACAGUCAGGCGGCGUAUCUGGGAGGAAGACCAUACCACAAACAUUCCGCCCGAAAAUCUCCCCUUCGAGGCUGAUGAUGACUCCACAGCGCAGAAACAUACUUUCAACUCACUGGUAACACCAGAGGACAAUGAAGCAGCGAAAACUCGCAGAAUGCGCUGGCUAUCACAAAUAUGUGAAUAUUGGCCUCUUCGUUUGUUGGCUUCGAUCACUGACGCAGAUGUGGAUGCUAUACUUGGAGCAUAUCGAUCAGCAAGUGGCAAAACUUCUUCCACGUUUGAGAGUAGCCUGCCUUUACCUCCUAAGAAAGGAAAAAUCAUCCUUGCAGGAUCCGGACCAGGACACCCGGAUCUACUUGCUAAAGCGACCCACAACGCAAUUAAAAACGCAGAUCUCAUCUUAGCCGACAAAUUGGUUCCCGCUCCCGUUCUAGAUCUCAUCCCUCGGCGAACAGAAGUCCACAUCGCUCGUAAAUUCCCCGGAAACGCAGAUAAGGCGCAAGAGGAGUUACUCGAAAUGGGCAUAGCCGCACUGAAAGCUGGCAAAACUGUGUUAAGACUUAAACAAGGAGAUCCAUAUCUUUACGGCCGCGGGGCUGAAGAGUACGACUUCUUCAGGAAUGAGGGAUAUAUCCCCGCCGUUCUCCCAGGUAUCACCAGCGCAUUGAGUGCGCCGCUCUUUGCAGAUAUACCCGCCACACAUCGUGGUGUUUCUGAUCAGGGAGCAGCUCCAGCGCCACCUAGCUAUGUACCUACCCAGACGGUUGUUUUCUUGAUGGCACUGCACAGACUCUCCUCUCUCAUUGAGUCACUUACCAGCCGUUCGGAAACGGAUGAGAGCGCUACGUCCCGAGCCCUUUGGCCAAAGGAUACCCCUUGUGCGGUGAUUGAGAGAGCGUCAUGCGCCGAUCAGAGAGUCAUACGGUCAACGCUAGAGCAUGUCUGUUUAGCGAUUCAGGAAGAAGGAUCUAGGCCACCAGGACUUCUUGUUGUUGGUGCGAGCUGUGGGGUACUUCAUCCGUUGACGAAUACAAAGUGGUCGGUUGAAGAUGGGUUCAAAGGUCUAGACGAGCUGGGGAAGAAUGAAGACAUAUUUUGCCCAUACUUCCGGAAGUUCACUAGCCGCGAUACACACCGGAACAUCCACGAGGCAAAUUCCAACUUCCUACAACUGCUCAUCGCCAACAAAGCGGAUGAAGACAAAACAGCCGAAAUGUCAACACCACCAAAACCGUAUCUCUCAAAUGGGCAUAUGCUAGAGCGUCCGCCCAUCUCUGCCCGAAUCCGAUACCUCAUCGAUGAUCUCUACAUCUUCUUCGGCUUAUACAUCGUCAGCUUUUUCUCGUUGAAUGCCUCUUUGGCUGCCAGUAAUUCCAAGUUCAACGUCCAGAAUAUAGAAAAUACUCAAAUCCGCCGACCGCGUUGGGGUAGCUCGCGAGGCGGAGGAGGCGGUGGUGGUGGGGGCGGGGGCGGAGGAGGGCCGGGCGGCCCUGGGAGGAAAUUUGGUGGUGGUGGAAGUGGAGGGCCCACGAGGCGCAUUGGGCGAGUUGAUGAUAUUCGCGGCCCGGAGUGUGGGAGCGGGGGCUGCAGCAGAUAGGUGACGAUAUAAUGCCGAUCUCUUUAUGGUUAUUACGAUGAGCGGGGAAACAGGUUAUCGACAUGCAGUUGUUUUCAACUUUUAUUAUGUAUCAUGCUACACUUGCUUCCUUUGAUUCUUGAUAUGCGAUUGUGCUGCGUGGAUUGGAAUCCAUUUUUCAUAUCAGGAUUCCCUGCUUCGGGGCAUUGUCAUAUCGGUUAUGUUCUAGUUACUUUAUAUCACGUACAUAUUUAUUGUUAUUCGUCU